GGAAUCUGACCGUGUGAUGUGGAUGAAGGUGGAAGUGGAGAACGAACCGGUGAACAUCGUAUGUGCAUACGCACCACAAGUGGGCUGUGACGACGUGGAAAAGGAAGACUUCUGGAGAACAGUGAGCGAGGUCAUGGUAAAGAUCCCAAGAACUGAGAGAGUCUGGAUUGGGGCAGAUCUGAAUGGACAUGUGGGUGGUGGAGCGCAAGGAUAUGGAGACAACAUCGGUAAAUUGGGUUUGGAACGAGGAACGAAGAAGGGCAGACCAUCCUGGGACUUUGUGGCGGCAAACAACCUGGCGGUCACAAACACCUAUUUCAAGAAGAAGGACUCGAGGAGAUCACCUACACAAGUGGUGGUGUGA